AUGGUCGAAGAACAUAAAACUUCAGACAGAGAAAUCUCUUCCUCUCUUAACCACGAGGAACUUGUACAGAUGCUUGCUGGCUUACAAGCCGGCAUUGAAGCAAGAGAUAUUAUUAUCGCUUCUUUACAGUGUGAACAAAAUUUUCUUCUUGUCGAUGAUGCUAAGAGACAUCGAUAUUUUAUUGACAAGACGUUCGAUAUUGAUUUGGAUGACCCUGUUCUUGCUCUGCAGAGAGAUUCUAACUUAAUACACGGACACAAUAUCCCAUCCAAUCGAAAUACCCCUCAGGAUUUCCAUGGCGGCAAAGCUAUUAAUCUGGAUAUGUUAAUUGAAAAUCAGCGGCGUUCAUACGCAUUUUAUCGUGAACAGUUGCAAGCCGCUGACAAGAGAUAUGCUGGACUUUGUGCUUCUUUUGAAGAGGAAAGAAAAAGGCUUGAACGAGAUGCCGCUCAGGGAGAUGAUGUUGUGGCUAUGCUUGAAAAAGAGCGGGAAAAAUUGCAGGCUGAGUUGGAAAAUGAACGGAAUCAAAAUAAAUGUCUUCAAAAGGAAUUAAAAAAGGCUCUUGAUAGCUAUGCCCAUCAGAAUGCCCUCUGCCAGAGACAGCGAUUAGUUGCCGCCCAAUUAAUUAGCGAAAAACAUCGUCUCCAAAAAGAACUCUCCUCAAAAUGCUCACAAAUUGAACAGUUGGAAUUUAAAUUGGGAUCUAUGACUUCUCCUACAACUCUUACAUCCGAUCGACCUACCUCUGUCAGCCUUCAAGGUCUCUCUCAUUUGCACGCCAAUCGUGUCAUCCAUCGAGACAUCAAGGGCCAAAAUGUCCUCCUCACCGACAAUGCGGAUGUCAAGUUGGUGGACUUUGGUGUUAGCGCCCAACUGGACCGAACCAUUGGCAAACGCAACACUUUCAUUGGGACCCCUUAUUGGUAG